AUGGCUACGAUCGAGUUUGGUGCCGAGCAACAUUGUUUGACCUUUGAGGACCUUGACAUGCCACUCUGGCAGCUCUUGUGUGUAGAUGAAGUCACCUUCAUGGACUUCAAGGCCCUGAAUGAUGAGAACCAGAACAAGGCAUUGUUUGUUGUUGUUCAGUGGUUUGACCGACGCUAUGAACUCAAGGACAUUGCAAAGUUGGAUCCAUCCAUGGAGGCAGACCUUCCUAGGUUCAUUGCUGGUCGCAAGGAACAUGCCGCCUGCAUUGAAAAAAUUGAAGAGCAUCGUGAACAGUUGGAGGUCUACAAGGUGAAGGUUCGUGCUUCUGCUGAAGCUAUGUUUCAGCAGCAAAAGGCCAAACUAGGGCAGAUUGAUCCCAACUGGGAUUCAUCUGAGCUUGGGAAAGCGAACCAAAAGGCUGUGGAUGACUGGGCAACAGGAAAGAUCGAGGUUAUGGAGAAGGCGCAGGUUGUGUUGGCGGAUGGGGAGGUCAGAGCAGGUGAGGCGCUUGAGCAGUUUGCCCGGGAAAUGUUUGGAAAGGCCUACCAGGCAUUCAAGGGUCAUCUCAAGGAUGCUGGCAAGGUUGAGGCAUUGGUCGAGAAGAGCCCGAUGGAAGAUCUGGUGGACCCUGGCUUUCUUCAAGAGUUGCAGCCCUUGUGCAUUGACACCUUGCCUUCACCUGCAUCAGCAAAGAAGAAGGCUCUCGGUAAUCGAUGUGAACAUCUUGAGAAAGAACACCCAGGAGAGACCCCAGAGGAGAAGGAUGCACGUCUCGCGGAGUGGCUAAGCUCAGGCCAGAACUGGAUGAACUCAAGCAUUGUAGCAAAUGCCUCAAGAUCCAAACAGCAGAAAAAACGUGGCACGUACAUUAUGAUGGAAUACAAGGCCUUAAAGGCCAAGUACGGUACAGCACUUGCGAAACAAAUCAGGGACGAAAAAAAGGAUUUCGAGGAAAAAAAGGAGCCAGGCGAUGAAUGCGUCUAUUGGAUGCGCCACCCAGACUGUGGUGAGCAAACUGAGGCCGGUGAGUACGACCUAGUGAGGGUAUUCGAUUCAAUGACGUUUGAAGACGAGACGACGGACCGUAUGGAAAUUGGAAUUGAAGGACACGGAAACCUUGAUGCCCAGCAGUCAAGAGAGGUUAUGCAGAUUGCCAUGGGGAACCACAUGCAGCAGUUCAACUCCAAUGUCCCUGUGAUUCUGCCUGGUGAUGGUACUCGUUCUGUGGAGGGCACUCUGCCCCCGCCGCCCCCUCCCAACAAGAAACGGGUUGUUCCAUUGACAAAGCAGUUGCAAUCGAAGAUCAGUGCUAGCUCGGCAAAGCUGACAGAGUGCAUGGCAUGGGAAUCCAAGAUCACAGAUUGUACCACUUUGUCCCAAACACUACUUGCUGGCUUCAAAAAUGAGUUGGACAUCUCCAGAAAAGCUAUCUCGGAAGUGAAACGCCAGUUGGAGACGACCUAUGCCAAGACGUUGGGAAAAGACGAGAAAAAAAUCCAGGAAGACCCAGCUUUGUCCAAGGAGAUUAGUGACCAUUUGGGUGCAGCAGAAGCUGCUUUUACCAGUUUUACAGGGACCUACAAGAGCAUCAAAGCUUCCAUUGAUACUUAG